CGAAACCAUAAUAUUAUUGCCUUCGCGCUUAUUGGAGGCUGUCACCGAAACAAAACUACUUUUCUUCGCUCAACCUCUCUCAUUCUUCUUUUCUUCACCCGAAAUCUCAAAUUCCAAGUCUUUCAUUCAAACUUGGCUUUCGGCCUUGUGCUCACGCAAAGAUCACGCAUCGGCUAGCUGCAGGCCAACUGCAGGAACCACAUGCAAAAUGAACUACGCAAAUAUGAUCGAGGAGAAAAACCUCAAGGUAAGCAUGCCUGCUCCAAGUUCAGAUAGCAGUGUCGUACCGUCAAGGCCAAAGCUAAGAAAUGUCUUGCCCUGAUGCUGCUGAGGGAAAUCUGAAUCUUCACGCCUCCGUCUAACGCAUAUUCUGUCUAUUCGGGCUAACAAAGCCGACUCAAGAAAACCUUUAUCAUAGCGACGCUAGUUUCGACGAUCAUAGGAACUUUCACAACUGGCAUGGGGCUGUAUGAGAGACUCGAACAAAAACGCAAGCAAAAGAAGGUCGACACGGGACAAGAUGACAAGAUCAGUCAGCUGCAAAAGCAGAUGAAAGAAAUCGAGGAGCGCUCGGAAAAGAAUGCUCGGCGUGUCAGGGAAGACGACUUGCGCGAGUCGCUACAAGAGUCCGGCCCAUUGAUUCGCCGAGAGUAUAAUCGUGACUUCGCCCGAUUCGGCGACAGAUUUGCCAUGGGCGAUCCUAUCACCCAAAACCAGCUACAGGGCCAGAUCAUUACUCUUCAAGGCACUGUCAUUCAGUUGCUUGACGAAGCUCUGCGAACAGGACGAAUCGAGAACAUCAAUAAGCUGUACAAUGCGACUGAGCUAGCACGUGACGGUUCCAUUGCUGCUCUUCAAGGUCAAUACCAGCGCAUGCUUCAAGCCGCUCCUAUCCAGCGCCCACCAACUGUUCGACGGAUCUCAAGUCAACCUAGUGUCGUUUCUGCAAGUCGUAAAUCCCUACCUGCACCUAGCAAGGCGAAGACAUUUGCCGACACCGUGGAUGACCCUCUCUUCUGCCGGUAUAGCUAUGACUUGCAACGUGACAAUCGCUUGGCUUUAGAUAAGGAGUUUCUAUCUGGUGGAGGGUGCUCCUGUUUUGUUUGUGGCGUGCUGCUCGACGUCGAACCCGGGCGUGCCUGGAAGAUCACGAAGGAGCAUGUCCGCGAUCGAAUAGUAACACCGGAUUACGACGAAGAAAUUAUAGAGGACCGCAUUUACCUCGUCAAUAAUCGAUUUGUCAUCAAGUGCCAUCGCGCAAACGGCGGUUUUGCUUGCGUUCUCUGCGCUCGAUACAGAGAAAAGGACACGCUUCUUGAGUCUGCACAAGGCCUCAUCAGGCACAUCUGGAAUAAGCACGAUGCCUCAGAGUACCAAGACCCUGAUAUACAGGAGAUUGGGUGAGUGGAUUUCAGACUUCUGAAUUACCACCUUAACGCAGUAAUUACCGAUUAAUGCAAUAUUUUUAAGCCGCUCAACAUCUGAUAAUCUUAUCAAGGCAAAGCAUCGACAAAACCAAGGAGAAACGGGAAAGACACGAUUCUAAAGCCUCCAUUUACACGUGAAAUAAUUUAUGGCGUAUUAUUUACAUGAAGAAUAUUUGAUAGGAUUGCACAAAAGAACAAUGCGUUCUUACACUGGACGAUGAUGGCUAAACCUAAGCUUUCUCAGCGGCGAGAGAAACCGAGGAAAACUGUGCAUUGGGGACGGACAACAAAACAUGAUUAACGAAUUGCUAUGCUUUAUAAUGAUUCCAGAGUAAAAACGGUGAACUGUAGGUGGGAGUUUUAUACCCCUCUUAGCGAUAUCGUACCUGUAUACUCCCUAGACAGGAAUUGAAAUUCUCUCUCAGCA